AAUGUAAUGCCAUUAUCUGCUGGCUUAUUCAAAAGUGAACACAAAAACCCAAUCUCUCAAUGUCCUCCACGUCUCCAUGUCCAAUUUCUGACUCAUGUACUUUGGAGCAGAGUGCCAAACCACUUCUUGAAGGUUGAUGUCUCUCGGAUCAGUGAACGACAAGGCUGGAUGAUACAGUGCCUGAAUCCUUUGCAGUUCAUGGCCCUUCAUAUUCCUGAAGAAAACAGGACAAUUGAUAUUUUAGAGCUGACAGAACAAGAAGAAUUGCUGAAAUUUCACUACCAUACCCUUCGAUUAUAUUCAGCUGUUUGUGCUUUAGGCAACAACCGAGUGGCCCAUGCUAUGUGCAGCCAUGUGGAUGAAUCUCAGCUCCUGUAUGCUAUUGAGAAUAAAUAUAUGCCAGGAUUAUUACGUGCAGGAUAUUAUGACUUACUCAUUGACAUCCAUCUCAAUACCUAUGCAACUGCCAGGUUAAUGAUGAAUAAUGAAUUUAUAGUUCCAAUGACAGAUGAGACCAAGAGUAUUACUUUGUUUCCUGAUGAAAACAAAAAACAUGGCCUCCCUGGUAUAGGUCUUAGCACUUCAUUAAGGCCAAGAAUGCAGUUCUCUUCUCCGAGUUUUGUAAGCAUUAGCAGUGAAUGCUUUCAGUUCAGUCCUGAAUUCCCUCUGGAAAUCUUAAAGGCCAAAACCAUAGACAUGUUGACUGAAGCCGUUCAGGAGGGCAGCCUCCAUGUCAGAGAUCCAGUUGGAGGUUCUACAGAAUUUCUGUUUGUCCCUCUCAUCAAGCUCUUUUAUACCCUCCUAAUUAUGGGAAUCUUCCACAAUGGGGAUCUGAAACACAUCUUGCAGUUGAUUGAGCCCCGGGUUUUCAAAGAAGCAAUGAGCCAGGAUGAUGAAAUUGAUUUCUCAGAGAAGGAGCUGAGUUCAGAUGAGCUCAAGUCAGAAGAAGGAGAUGAAGAAGCCAGAGGGGAGCAAGUGCCAAAGGAAGGACUCCUUCAGAUGAAACUUCCAGAACCUGUUAAAUUACAGAUGUGUCAUCUACUCCAGUACCUGUGUGAUUGCCAAGUACGACACCGAAUAGAAGCCAUUGUAGCAUUUUCAGACGAUUUUGUGGCCAAGCUUCAAGAGAAUCAACGCUUCCGGUACAAUGAAGUGAUGCAGGCCUUGAAUAUGUCUGCUGCCCUGACAGCUAGAAAGACAAAAGAGUUUCGAUCUCCACCUCAGGAACAGAUUAACAUGCUGCUGAACUUUAAAGAUGAUAAAAAUGAUUGUCCUUGCCCUGAAGAAAUUCGGGAUCAACUCUUGGAUUUCCAUGAAGACCUAAUGACACAUUGUGGAAUUGAACUAGAUGAAGAAGGAACCUUGGAUGGAAACAAUGAUUUAACCAUUAGGGGUCGCCUCCUAUACCUUAUGGAAAAAGUUACAUAUCUGAAGAAGAAGCAAGCUGAGAAGCCAGUCGAUGAUGAUGCUAAGACAUCCUCUACUCUUCAGCAAUUGAUUUCAGACACAAUGGUACGCUGGGCCCAGGAAUCAGUGAUAGAAGACCCGGAGUUAGUGAGGGCCAUGUUUGUAUUGCUACAUCGCCAAUAUGAUGGUAUUGGUGGCCUGGUUCGAGCUCUACCAAAGACCUAUACCAUAAAUAGUGUGUCUGUGGAAGACACAAUCAAUCUUCUAGCAUCCCUCGGACAAAUCCGUUCCUUGCUUAGUGUCAGAAUGGGGAAGGAGGAAGAGAAACUUAUGAUUCGUGGAUUAGGAGACAUCAUGAAUAAUAAAGUAUUUUACCAACAUCCAAAUCUCAUGAGAGCUUUAGGCAUGCAUGAAACUGUCAUGGAAGUGAUGGUAAAUGUGCUUGGUGGAGGAGAAUCCAAGGAAAUCACUUUCCCAAAGAUGGUGGCAAACUGCUGUCGUUUUCUAUGUUAUUUUUGCCGCAUUAGCAGACAGAAUCAAAAAGCUAUGUUUGAUCAUCUUAGCUAUUUACUGGAAAACAGCAGUGUUGGCCUUGCCUCUCCUUCUAUGCGAGGAUCAACUCCUUUAGAUGUUGCAGCAGCCUCUGUGAUGGAUAACAAUGAACUUGCACUAGCUUUAAGGGAGCCUGAUUUAGAAAAGGUGGUUCGCUACUUGGCUGGAUGUGGAUUGCAGAGUUGUCCUUUGCUGAUUUCUAAAGGGUAUCCAGACAUUGGAUGGAAUCCAGUUGAAGGAGAGCGAUAUCUGGAUUUUCUUCGUUUUGCUGUUUUUUGCAAUGGAGAGAGUGUGGAGGAGAACGCUAAUGUUGUAGUCAGACUGCUUAUCCGUCGACCUGAAUGUUUUGGUCCAGCUCUAAGAGGAGAAGGAGGCAAUGGGUUACUUGCUGCCAUGGAGGAAGCAAUACAAAUAUCAGAAGAUUCAACAAGAGAUGGACCUUCCCCAAGUAAUGGAUCUGGUAAAACCCUGGAAAUGGAAGAACAAGAAGAUGAUACUAUUCACAUGGGAAAUGCAAUCAUGACCUUUUAUGCUGCUUUGAUUGAUCUUUUAGGACGGUGUGCUCCUGAAAUGCAUCUAAUCCAUGCUGGUAAAGGGGAAGCCAUUAGAAUCAGAUCAAUUCUACGGUCUUUGAUUCCACUGGAAGAUUUGGUGGGAGUAAUUAGCAUUCCUUUCCACAUGCCAACCAUAGCUAAAGAUGGUACUGUGGUGGAACCUGACAUGUCUGCGGGGUUUUGCCCAGAUCACAAGGCAGCCAUGGUUUUGUUCCUUGACAGGGUCUAUGGAAUUGAGGACCAGGAUUUUCUUCUACACCUUCUUGAAGUUGGCUUUCUGCCAGAUCUUCGUGCUGCUGCUUCUUUAGAUACAGCUGCUUUGAGUGCUACAGAUAUGGCUUUGGCUCUGAAUCGAUACCUUUGCACAGCAGUCUUGCCUCUGUUGACCAGAUGUGCUCCUCUUUUUGCUGGCACAGAGCACUAUGCUUCCCUCAUCGAUUCCUUAUUGCAUACUGUGUACAGACUCUCAAAGGGAUGCUCUCUUACCAAAGCUCAGCGAGAUUCUAUUGAAGAGUGUUUGCUGUCUAUCUGUGGGCAGUUGCGACCUUCCAUGAUGCAGCAUUUGCUGAGAAGAUUAGUAUUUGAUGUUCCUCUAUUAAAUGAACAUGCAAAGAUGCCUCUCAAGUUGCUGACAAAUCAUUAUGAAAGAUGCUGGAAGUAUUAUUGUUUACCGGGUGGAUGGGGUAACUUUGGUGCUGCCUCAGAAGAAGAACUUCAUUUAUCCAGAAAGUUGUUCUGGGGUAUUUUUGAUGCUUUGUCUCAAAAGAAGUAUGAACAAGAACUGUUCAAAUUGGCUUUGCCUUGUUUGAGCGCAGUUGCAGGGGCCUUACCUCCAGACUAUAUGGAAUCAAAUUAUGUCAAUAUGAUGGAAAAACAGUCUUCGAUGGAUUCAGAUGGGAACUUUAAUCCUCAACCUGUUGAUACAUCAAACAUUACAAUCCCUGAGAAGCUAGAAUAUUUUAUUAACAAAUAUGCAGAACACUCUCAUGACAAAUGGUCAAUGGAAAAGUUUGCCAACGGAUGGACAUAUGGUGAAACAUAUUCUGAAUCUGCAAAAGUGCAACCAUUAAUGAAACAAUAUAAAUUACUAUCUGAAAAGGAGAAAGAAAUUUAUCGAUGGCCAAUCAAAGAAUCACUAAAAACUAUGCUGGCGUGGGGAUGGCGAAUUGAAAGAACACGGGAGGGAGAUUCCAUGGCACUGUAUAAUCGGACACGUCGCAUAUCUCAAACCAGUCAAAUCUCUGUAGAUACAGCCCAUGGUUACACUCCUCGAGCAAUUGACAUGAGCAAUGUCACCCUCUCCAGAGACUUACAUGCUAUGGCUGAGAUGAUGGCCGAAAACUACCAUAACAUAUGGGCAAAGAAAAAGAAAAUGGAGCUUGAAGCAAAAGUAGGAGGAGGCAACCAUCCACUUCUUGUUCCGUAUGAUACACUCACAGCCAAAGAAAAAGCCAAGGACAGAGAAAAAGCACAGGAUAUUCUGAAAUUUCUACAGAUUAAUGGAUAUGUUGUCUCCAGAGGACUUAAGGACCUGGAAUUAGACACACCUUCCAUUGAGAAACGCUUUGCCUACAGUUUCCUUCAGCAGCUUAUAAGAUAUGUGGAUGAAGCCCAUCAGUACAUUCUGGAGUUUGAUGGUGGCAGCAGAGGCAAAGGAGAGCACUUCCCAUAUGAACAAGAAAUCAAGUUUUUUGCCAAAGUUGUGCUCCCUUUGAUUGAUCAAUAUUUUAAAAAUCAUCGCCUGUAUUUCUUAUCUGCAGCAAACAGGCCUCUCAGUAGUGGAGGUCAUGCCUCUAAUAAAGAGAAAGAAAUGGUGACAAGCCUGUUCUGCAAACUUGGAGUUCUUGUCAGGCAUAGGAUUUCACUGUUUGGAAAUGAUGCAACAUCAAUAGUCAACUGUCUUCACAUACUGGGCCAGACCUUGGAUGCGAGGACUGUAAUGAAAACUGGUCUGGAAUCUGUUAAGAUGGCAUUGAGAGCAUUUUUGGAUAAUGCUGCUGAGGAUCUGGAGAAGACACUGGAAAAUCUUAAGCAAGGCCAGUUUACACACAGCCGAAAUCAGCCAAAAGGGGUUACACAAAUCAUUAAUUAUACCACAGUUGCUCUCCUGCCAGUGCUAUCUUCAUUGUUUGAGCAUAUUGGACAGCACCAGUUUGGGGAAGAUUUGAUAUUGGAAGAUGUUCAGGUCUCCUGUUACAGAAUAUUGGCCAGUUUAUAUGCUCUGGGUACCAGCAAGAGUAUCUACGUAGAGCGGCAACGAUCAGCACUAGGAGAAUGCUUGGCUGCUUUCUCAGGUGCCUUUCCAGUGGCUUUUUUGGAAACUCAUUUGAACAAACAUAAUAUCUACUCAAUUUACAAUACCAAGAAUGCAAGAGACAGAGCAGUUCUCAAUCUUCCUACUAGUGUAGAAGAAGUUUGCCCAAAUAUUCCUUCCUUGGUGAAGCUGAUGGAAGAAAUUGUGGAACUAGCAGAGUCUGGUAUUCGUUACACACAAAUGCCACAUAUCAUGGAAGUAAUACUGCCUAUGCUAUGUAGUUACAUGUCACACUGGUGGGAACAUGGGCCAGAAAACAAUCCUGACAAGGCUGAAAUGUGUUGCACAGCCUUGACGUCGGAGCACAUGAACACUCUGCUGGGUAACAUUUUGAAAAUAAUCUAUAACAACCUUGGCAUUGAUGAAGGAGCCUGGAUGAAGAGAUUAGCAGUGUUUUCCCAGCCCAUCAUAAGCAAAGCGAAGCCACAGCUCUUAAAGACACACUUCCUACCACUGAUGGAUAAGCUAAAGAAAAAAGCAGCAGUGGUUGUAUCGGAUGAAGAACAUCUAAGAGCAGAAGGCAGAGGUGACAUGUCGGAGGCUGAACUGCUCAUCCUAGAUGAGUUCACCACUUUGGCACGGGACCUCUAUGCCUUCUACCCUUUGUUGAUUAGAUUUGUGGACUAUAACAGGGCAAAAUGGCUGAAAGAGCCCAACCCUGAAGCAGAAGAAUUGUUCCGUAUGGUGGCUGAGGUCUUCAUUUACUGGUCAAAGUCUCAUAAUUUCAAAAGGGAAGAGCAGAACUUUGUGGUACAAAAUGAAAUCAACAACAUGUCUUUCCUUAUCAGUGACACCAAAUCUAAGAUGUCCAAGGCAGCAGUUUCUGACCAGGAGAGAAAGAAGAUGAAACGGAAAGGUGACAGGUAUUCUAUGCAGACCUCUCUCAUUGUGGCAGCAUUGAAGAGAUUACUUCCAAUUGGCCUAAACAUCUGUGCUCCAGGAGACCAAGAGCUAAUUGCACUGGCCAAAAAUCGAUUCAGUAUGAAAGAUACAGAAGAUGAAGUACGAGAUACCAUCCGCAAUAAUCUUCAUCUCCAGGGCAAGCUUGAGGAUCCUGCCAUUAGAUGGCAGAUGGCACUUUACAAAGAUUUACCAAACAGGACUGAAGAUUCCUCAGAUCCAGAGAAGACUGUGGAAAGAGUCCUUGAUAUAGCUAAUGUACUGUUUCACCUGGAACAGGUUGAGCAUCCUCAGCGGUCCAAAAAAGCAGUGUGGCAUAAGCUGCUGUCUAAACAGAGGAAAAGAGCAGUAGUUGCCUGCUUUAGAAUGGCACCAUUGUAUAAUCUGCCAAGGCACCGAGCUGUCAAUCUCUUCCUUCAAGGCUAUGAUAAAUCUUGGAUUGAAACAGAAGAACAUUAUUUUGAAGACAAACUGAUAGAAGACUUAGCAAAACCUGGGGAGGAACCACCGGAAGAAGAUGAAAGCCUUAAAAGAGUUGAUCCUUUACAUCAACUUAUUCUGCUAUUCAGUCGAACAGCCUUGACUGAAAAAUGCAAAUUGGAAGAAGAUUUCCUGUAUAUGGCUUAUGCUGACAUUAUGGCAAAGAGCUGCCAUGAUGAAGAAGAUGAUGAUGGUGAGGAAGAAGUGAAGAGUUUUGAAGUGACAGGAUCACAACGCAGCAAG